ACCGCGCACUAUAAUUAAUAACGGGGUUUCGCGAAUCCUAUAUCCCCUUAAGGUGUGGAAAAUUAAAAAUCUGCAAAUCGACCCUCCGUGGUGCUUUUCCACAACCCUGGGCGUCGCUCUUAAUUAAAGGCCUCGCCGCUGGAGGGGAGAGGAAGGGCGUGUCGCGGAUCCCCGGCAAAUGUGCGCGCACGGCGAGCGGCGGCUCCGGGGAAUCUGCCGGCGAAGGUGAAUUUCACGAUUUAGGCCCUUUUGAGGAACAAUGGAGUCUGACAUUGAGGAGGUGUCCCAGGCGCUAAUGGAGGCAGCCAAUGACCGAGACCCCAUGGUCCAGGAGCAGGUCAGGAAGUCCAUGCUGACACUUGGGAAGAGGAAGCCUGACAGGGUCCUGACCAUCUUCCAGAACUAUCUGCUGAAACAUCCCAAGCUUCCGGUUGGACACCGAGUGGCUGUACUGCAGACCAUCGAGCUCAUAUUGUUGUCCAGGCUUGAUGAGAUUGGAUGCCUCAGAAUGAAAAGCAUCAUUUCUCUGGCCUCCGAUGAAAUGACCAGAUCGAAGGAAGUGAUUCCUGAUUGGCAGCAGGCGGCCAGCAACAUUCUGGUUGCCGUCGGCAAUAAGCACAUGGGUGACAUCAUGGAGGAGAUGCUGAGCAAGUUCCAGCCGGGGUGCUGCCCGCACUUCUUCGUGGUGCAGACCCUGGCGAGGCUCUCUCAUUCCAAUGUCUACAGCAUGGUGCCCUUUCUCAGCGCCAUCCUCACCACCAUGCUGUCCAUGUUGGGCAUGGCCAAGCACGAUAACAUGAAGUGGGUCUUCUCCUUCGCUCUGUCCCGGUUCAGUGAGAGCAUCGUGGAAUACUUGGCCAACCUGGAUAAGGCCCCAGACCCAACAGUGAGCAAGGCCACCUUCUCGGGCGAGAUCUACGCUGCCUACGACAUCCUCUUCUGCAACUGGCUGCAGAGCCGGGAGCCCAAGGUGCGACUGACUGUGACCGAAGCACUGGGAGCCAUGACUCCACUGAUGGCUCCGGACAAGCUGCAGGAACAGCUUCCCAAGCUGAUUCCCACCCUCUUGAACCUGUAUAAGAAAACGCCUGAUCACUAUAUAAUCAGCAAGACCGGUGUCUCUUCUGUGGUUCUGUCCUUGUCCGCUCGGGCCGUCACCGCGGCCAUGUUAUCGACCCGCAGAGCCUGUGCCAGGUCUGGAUGUGGCUGCCAGCACGGACGACAGGUUGCUGAGGCCCUGGCCGACAGCCUGCUCCUCACCCUGCACCAGCAGGUGUCUUUGCCAGUAGACUACAACAACCCUGUAAAUGAAAACCACAAUGAGGUACUGAGGUGCUUCGGAAUUUUGGCUGACACCUUCCCCGACCGCCUGGUUACCUUCGUGCUGCAGAGGCUUGAGAAUGGCGGCGAUCGUAACCGCGUGGGCUCCCUGGCUGUGCUGAAGCACCUCGUCAAUGCCUCCUCUUCCAUAAUGGAAACAAAGAAGGGGCUUAUUGUGACCAGCCUGCGCUUGCCAUUACUCGACACCAGCAACAAGGUCAAAAAGAAAGUUGUCCAGGUGAUCAGCGCUGGCCACCACGGAUACCUGGAGCUGGAAGGGGGAGACAUGCUAGUGAGGUUUAUGGUGCUGCACUGUGCCCUUCCAGACGCCUGUCAUGGGCGGAGCCUGUCAGACCAAGAGGAGGUGACCAAUGAGGCUCUCCGCAACAUAUGUGAGAACACGCUGCACCUUCUCGUGACUACAGUGGGCUGCAUGGAGGACGUGCUGUGGCCUGCGCUGCUCUGCUACCUUACCCCGGUGCAGUACACUGACGCCACCGUGCCCCUUUGCAACAGCCUGGUCCUGCUGGGUAACAGGAAGCGGGUUGCGGGGGACCUAGGCUACAUCGUCGACUUCGCCAAGCAAGACAGUCUUCCCUCACCGUACAGCAUCAUGAUCAGGCUCUGGGUCAACGCGUCAUACCCAUUCCGGAGCCGUGGCCGGGGGGCACCCUCCCUCAGGCUGCUGGCAAUCUUGGCCCCCAGUAUCCAUCCCAGUUUGGAAGAGCUCUGGACCACAGAGGUUCCCCUGGUCCUGAACCUCCUGGAAGAAUCCACAGUGGACACGCUAAACAGGAGGACGUGGGAGCAGAGCCUUCUCAAGCUACUGUCCCAAACGCUGUUGGCCAUCAUGGACGACGGAUGGUGCUGUCGGCUGGCCUCUGAGAUGUCCCUUUAUUUGUCCACCUACAACGGCUCCCUGGACGAGAAGAGCUUCCUGUACAAGUGCAUGGGAGUGACCCUGCAGAGAUGCCGUGACUCGGGGGUGGUGAAGGAGCAGCUGCACAUCAUCCUGGCCACCGCGUGCCACGGCGACGCCAUCGAGAGAGAGGGAGUUGCGAAGGGAAUUGGGCUCUGUGCCAGCAACCACCUCGAAGAUACUCUGGCCAAGCUGGAGGACUUCGCGAGAUCCGAUGCCUUCAAGAAAGCCUCGGGAAUACUUGGUCUGCUUAAAGAUAAGAACGAUGGAGACGUUGAGAAGAUGAAGAGCACGUUGAUUCUGUCCUAUGGCUACGUUGCUCUACACGCUCCCGAGGACAAGGUUCUGAGCCGAAUCGACUCUCAGAUCCUGCGAAAUAUCAGCAGGCACUUCAACACCAAGGACCUGACCCUGAAGAUCAGCCUGCUCCAGAGUGUAGGCCUCAUCGCCCAGGCCGUCAGCGCCUGCGUCCGGAGUCAAAACUACCUAUUCGCCCGCAAGCAGGAGCUUGUGGGAGUGCUCCUGGACAUCAUCAAAGCAGAACCCACUGAUGUCCUGGUGACUUCCGUCCGCCAUCUGGCCAUGACAGCGUGCGCCAGCCUUGUCGACUUAGACCCAGCACUGACUGAGAGUGAGACCCACGAUGUGCUGCAAACCUGUUUGAACAGUGUGCUGGGGCUGACCCCCCUCGAGGUUGUGGACCAGGGAGAGGAGGAUGAGUCCCUGGACUUGCAGCAGAGGCAGGGCCUGUAUGCGGAAACCUUCAGUGCUCUUGAGGACUUGCUGGGGAGAUUGCUCUCCCGAAAUCUGAGCCCCGAUGGGCUGCAGAGCAUCUUUAAGCACCUGGAGGCGUGGAUGGGGUCCGAGCUGGAUCACGGGCGGGAGAGAGCCGUGAGGACGGCCGUGCGGGUGCUGGACUCCUACCUGCAUAACCUGGCUGUUGGGAAGACGACCACCUUCCACAACAUCGGCGGCCUUCUGGGACGGCUGAUGCCCCGCUGCACAGACCGCUGCUCCGCGGUGAGCUGGGCGGCUGGCGAGGGCCUGCGCAUCCUGUUGCGCAUUCAGCUGCGCUACGAGGGGUUUUCCCUGGAUCACAGAGACGCGGCGAUCGAAAGCCUGUCCACCUUGUACGAGGGGCUCCGGAGCCCUGACCCUGCGGUUGUGUGUCAGACCUGCUCCCAUCUGGCCGAGGCCAUCAGCAGGCGCCUUACUCCUCAGCAGGUCGGACCUCUGAUCCUGGUCCUGACAGAGGGCUUGAGAGACUCUCAGCCAAGCUGCUGUCUUGUGUCCGGCGUGUUCCUCAACACGAUCCUCGCGCACAGGGGGGGCCGUCUGCAAGACCUGGUUCCCGAGAUCAUGGCGGCGCUGCACCUGAGCUUGCAGGCCAUCUCCGAGGACCAGGUGAAGAUGGCGGUGGCACAAUCCAUCCUAACCCUGGCUUCCCAGCACCCACAGGUCGUCAUCGACACCCUUAUCUCCUACCCCUUGCCCUAUGACAGCAGCACCUGUGACAUGUGGAUUGCACUGGGUGGCCACUCCGCCCUGGCCGGUCACAUCGUGGAGGCCUUUACUGAGAAGCUGGUCGUCAUGGUGCCCUACAUAGACAAGAGGGACCCAGCGUUGUGGAUGGGGACCACCAAAGUUGCCACCGUUCAGCCUCUCCAGGUGACCUGCGCCCUGCGUGAGAUAAUGAUGAACGGUCAGAUUGAGGUUGCCGUCGCAGAGCAGUUUCCGCGGCUCUUCAGCGCCCUUCUGGUACGCAUGGGCUCCAGCGUGGGAGUGCAGCUCCCCAAGGACGUCGGUACCGGGGCCAUCAGGCCACAGAAGAGACCAUCUGGAAAGGUUCUGGGUGCCUUCGACGUGUGUGGGAUGGCGCUAGAGGCAAUGCAAAUCCUGCUGGUGCGUGCCCAGCUGGAUGAGGUGCUGAAGACCCUGGACCUCGAGGAAGGGUGGGCCAAGAUGAAGGAGCCGCGGAAGUUCAUCGACGGGAUCGCCCUGCUGGCCAACGCCAUGGCGACGCACGCAGGCCCCCGUCUCCCAGCCAUCGUCCAGCAGCUGUAUCCCACCCUCAGCAGCAUCUAUGAGUGUCAGAGGACCACGGCGACAGCCUUCCUCUCAGAGCUGCUAAACCACCGGGUGGCGACGGAGAUGAUGAUGACGGACUCACUGAUGAAGAGCAUGACUGCGCGCCUCGCUGACCCCUGCGGUGCCGUGCGCAUGCUGGCCAUCAGAGGCCUGGGUAACAUCGCCACUGGGUCCCCGGAAAAGGUCAACAAGUAUGCCAAGGAGCUGCUGGCUGCCAUGAGCUCGGGGAUGGAGGAGCGUGACGACCCUUGCAAGCGCAUCGCCCUGGAAGCCAUGUCUGGCCUCUCCAAAGUGCUGCUCCACCUGAACAAGAACACUGUGCGGAUGCUUUUAGUCUACAUCUUGAUGAAGAUCAAGCCCUUCCUGGAAAGUGAAUACGAUGCUGCCCGUUGUGCUGCUGUACUGCUUUUGGGAAAUCUGUCAAAGUUUGGGUCAGGAGAGCCAGUCUUCAGAGACCAGAUCCACAAUGUACUCAUCAGUUUACUCCUACACCUCAGUGACCCUAGUCCAGACGUAGUCAAGGCCUGUAAGUUCACUCUGCGAGAAUGUGCGCCACUACUGGGCUCCGAGCUGAUCGCCACCAUGUUCCAGAACCAUCUGUAUGAAGACGGCAAGUUGCACUACGGCGAGUUCAUCAACGACCUCAUGAAAUACAUAAUUCAAGAUUUCCCUGGCAUGCUGAACUUCUACCAUACAACCAUCCUUCAGUUCUUCAAGAGCAACUGGGCGCAGGUUCGAGCCAGCGCUGCUAUGUUCACCGGAUUCCUGCUGGGAAAUCUUCCGAGGGAGUUCUACCCUCACAUGAACAUUGGGAAUAUAAUCAAUGGUCUCAUCCAGCUGCUCCAGGAUCCCGACCCCACCGUCCGAGCAAAGACUGCCGAGGCCAUGGGUCACUUUCGUCACUUUCACCCAGCGUCUUGCUCCGGAUCGCUGAAGGAGCCGGAUGUGUCGGCCUGAAAGUGAGCGUACCUGCGCUGCUAUCCGCCUCUGCGGAUUUAGGCCAAGACCAGCAGGGGUCCAGCCCUCCCUGGUUCCCCUCAAACCGUGUCCUCAUUUCAUCUCUAAGGAUCUGUGUUGGAAACCGUAACUUUUUUAUUUUUUUCGUGCCGCUUGUUUCCGGGUAGCCCUCCCUACUUUUAUAGCUGCGUGGUUGAAUGUAUGUUCAGAUGCUAAUAAUCUCGCCCUUGAUUCUGUCCUACUACUGCCUCGAGUUUCCGCCGUAAUAAACUGAGAAAGUUUGGCCGACUGGACAACUCGAUACUAGCUAAUUACGUAUCUGAGAGACAGGAUGGAGUAAACAUGCAGAGUUAGGCUCUGUCACAUGUCCAGACUGAGUUUGGGGGGGAUGCAGCCACCUGUAAUGCGUCUACGGACUGCUGCGCUGGAGGCUUGUCGCAUGGCAAGGUGGAGCACUCCUGGCAAACGACUGCGGUCAUGUGCUCACCCCGCUAACCUCUCCAGGCUGCUUAUCAUGUUUAAUUAUUAAUCUCCAUGAUUUAUCUGUGCUAUACAUGUGAUUAUUUUGUGAGGAGUCAGCCUGACAUCAACUUUGAUCGUGUUAUCUGCGAAGAUGGGACCUAUGACUGUACCACCGAGAUCUUCGCUAUAAAUUCUGGAUUU